AUGGCGCCAGCCACAGAGUCUCUGACGGAUUUGCAGAAGGAGAUUUUUACGAAAAUCAGUAAUAAUGAGGUGGCGGAACUCAAAACCCUGCUGACGGCAAAUAAAAUGAAAAUGGAUUUCGUCGACGAGAACGGUAUGAGUCCACUGCAACAUGCCUGCUAUAAAGGAAACAAGGAAAUUGUACAGAUGCUUCUAGACCAGGGUGCAGAUGUUAAUUCAUGUCAGCAUGAACAUGGUUAUACAGCUCUGCAUUUUGCUGCUUUAAGUGGUAAUGCUGAACUGUGCCAUCUCUUAAUGUCCUACGGUGCACGAUUAACUGCUACAAACAGUGUAGGACGCACACCUGCACAAAUGGCAGCAUUUGUGGGAAAUCACAACUGUGUCGCAACCAUUAACAACUUCAUCCCGAAGGCUGACAUAGAUUAUUACAUAAAACCACAGGGUUUGCAAACUGAACCAAUGUUGCUACCACACCUGGCAGAUUCCUUCCAUAAGUUCAUCAUGGAAGUUAAUGUUCAUCCUGUACGAGUUGCUAUAAAUCUUCAGAAAUGUCCUGGCCUCUUGGAAAAUUUGGUCAAGGUUCAAAAGGUCUUGGAAGCAAUGCGCCACAGAGAAAUGACUCGAGGUGUAGAAACAAAUGAAGUAAUGGCAUUCAAAUAUCACUAUCUCAGUUGUGUAACGGCCGAAAUAAUUAAGUGUCAAAAACGCCAAGAAGCAAUGAAAGCAGAGAGAAGUGAUAAAGAAAAAAUAAACGAUGAAGCAGAAGAGAAAAAAUCCGAUGCUGUGGAACUGCUGGUUCGAAAGUUUCUAAAGUGUAGCAAGACCGAUGGGAAUCCCGAAUACCAGGAAGCCUUUUUAAGAGAAGCAGUGAGAGAAUUUCCUUUCCGAGAGAGUACAAUUUUCCGUCAAAUGGUCGCCACUCUCGCAGGAUCAGAUCCCCCAUCAGCUGUGUCCGUAGUAUCCGCAGCAAUAAACGGUCAACGAGGAUUCUCGGAUAACCUACAAGUCUGUGUGACAUGUGGCGAAGAGAAAGCAACAAAGAAAUGCAGCAAGUGUAAGGCUGUGCAAUAUUGCGAUCGUGAAUGUCAAAGACUCCAUUGGUUCAUGCACAAAAAAGCAUGCGCAAGAUUAGGUCAGUCAUCAAACAACGUGAAACUAAGCGAUGCGGACAAGGUGCAAAUCGGUAACGCUGUUAGUUCGAGACUACAGAAUUUGGCAGUAAAUUAAAGGGAUCAAUUGUAUGCAAAGUACCAUUUGCCAGAAAUAAACGACACAAAUGUUGUUUAUCUGACAAUUUGAUUUAUUUGUGUACAUAGCUGUUCGUGUAGGUAUUAUACGUGUCGAUUGUAUUUAAUAAGUUAAUCCCGACGCACGAAUCCAUGAUCUUGGAGUGUCUAUUUAUGCGACGGUUACCCACGAAAGGAAAAACAAAAAAAGAUCAAGAAAGAAUGAAGGAAAGAAGUUGGGAGAACAAAUGCUGUGUUCCAGAUAUAUACACGCAGCCUUGCCGAAAGGUUUCUGUAUUACAAAAUAGAUAAACGUAAGUUUAAUUGAGGAGAAUAGCCACCCGCCAUUGACCGAGAACCAAAAACAGUACAAUCUCUAUUUGAUACGAGAAUCGUACGUUCUGUUACCAAAAUACAUUGUUCUCCCAUAUACAUAGAUAUAAUAUCAAGAUACAUAUUCAUAUAUUUCACACUCAAAAAUUUUACGUCUCUUAAAGUGCUAAUAUUACGUGCUCCGAGUUAUAAUAAUCUAAUCACAGUCAUCAUCGUGUACACCCGUACUUAGUCGCAAGUGUCACUCAUGAUUCUUCAAUUCAUGUUCUCGUGAACUUUUAUAGUCCAUGAUUUUAAAUAAAAUACUUUUGUGUGCAACAUA